AUGAAUUCCCCAGUUUUAGUACCAGAUGUAACUUUAUCUGACAGACCCAAAAAUGGACUUCCGGUAGUUUGUUUUGUGACAUAUUUCAUCAAUAAAGUCAAGAUGGACACGAGUCUGACAGGUGCUCAGAUUCGGAAUAUGUUUGUUGAUUAUUUCAAGGAAAGAGAGCAUACAUACUGGCAUUCCAAUUCAACAAUCCCAUUGGAUGAUCCUACACUUCUGUUCACAAAUGCUGGCAUGAAUCAGUACAAGCCCAUCUUCCAAGGUGUGGUUGAUCCUAAUAGUGACAUGGGCAGGUUAAAGAGAGCUACCAACAGUCAGAAGUGUAUCAGAGCAGGUGGCAAACACAAUGAUCUUGAUGACGUUGGUAAAGAUGUUUAUCACCACACCUUCUUUGAGAUGUUAGGAACUUGGUCAUUUGGGGAUUAUUUCAAGAAAGAAACGAUAGCCUGGGCAUGGGAUUUCCUCACCAAUGUUCUCAAACUCUCAAAAGAUCGUCUUUACGUGUCAUAUUUUGGUGGCAAUAAGGAUGCUGGUCUUGAACCUGAUUAUGAGGCUAAACAAUUCUGGUUGGACCAAGGACUAGAAGAAAGUCGAAUUAUGCCGUUUGGUAUGAAAGACAAUUUCUGGGAGAUGGGUGAGACAGGACCUUGUGGCCCAUGCUCCGAGAUUCACUACGAUCGUAUAGGAGGACGGGAUGCAUCUUCUAUGGUAAAUGCGGAUGUGCCUGAUGUCUUGGAAGUAUGGAAUCUUGUCUUUAUACAGUUCAACAGAGAAAAUGAUGGCUCUCUAAAGCCCCUACCCAAGAAGAACAUUGAUACUGGACUGGGGUUAGAGAGGAUAGUAUCUGUUGUUCAGGAUAAAAUGUCAAACUAUGACACUGAUCUCUUCAUGCCAAUUUUUGAUGCUAUACAUCAGGGUACAGGGUGCAGACCAUAUAGUGGCAAAGUAGGCUCAGAUGAUGUAGAUGGGGUGGAUAUGGCAUACAGGGUACUAGCUGACCAUGUUAGAACUCUUACUAUAGCGCUGUCUGAUGGAGGGAGACCUGACAACGUAGGAAGAGGAUAUGUAUUGAGACGUAUUCUUAGAAGAGGGGUGCGUUAUGCUACGGAGAAGUUGAACGCAAAACCAGGAUUUUUUGCCUCUUUGGUAGACACUGUGGUAAUAUCACUGGGUGAUUUUUUCCCUGAAGUCAAAAAAGAUCCAGAAAUGGUUAAAAGUAUUAUCAACGAAGAGGAGGCCCAAUUUUUAAAAACACUCAAUAGGGGUCGUAGAUUGCUUGAACGUACCAUUGAAAAGCUUGGUGAGGGUCAGGUAUUACCAGGUGAUAUUGCGUGGAGACUUUAUGACACCUAUGGUUUUCCAAUUGACCUUACCCAGCUCAUGAUGGAAGAGAAAAAUCGGGAGAUUGAUAUGGAAGGUUACAAAAAAGCAAAACAAGAAGCUAUUUUGAAAUCUCAAGGAAGUGGGAGUGGUGUAGACGACCAGUUGAACCUAGAUGUGCAUGCUAUAAAUGAACUCCAAAAAUUAGGCCUACCUCCAACCAAUGAUCUCCCUAAGUACAACUACACUGCAACGGAAUCAGGCGAUUAUUCAUUUGACACGUGUACUGGUGUUGUAAAGGCGUUGCGCUGCAAUAAAGAAUUUGUACAGGAAGUGACCUCUGGACAGGAGUGUGGCGUCCUGCUGGAUUGCACAUGUUUCUAUGCUGAACAGGGUGGGCAGAUUUACGAUGAAGGCUUUAUGGUUAAAGAGAAUGAUGAGGAGGUUGAGUUUUCCGUGAAGAAUGUUCAGGUGCGAGGUGGCUAUGUGUUACAUAUUGGAAACAUAGAAGGCAAUCUAAAGGUUGGAGACACCAUGAAACUGAAUGUAGAUCUCGAUAGAAGACGACCAAUUAUGAAUAACCAUACAGGAACUCAUGUGUUGAACUUUGCCUUGCGAAAUGUACUAGGGGAAGCUGAUCAAAGAGGCUCACUGGUAGCACCGGAUAGACUAAGAUUUGACUUCACUGCCAAGGGAGCUCUUAGUGCAGCUCAAGUAAAGCAAGCAGAAGAGAUUGCCAAUGAGCUGAUUAAGCGUAAUGAGGAGGUGUACGCCAAAGACACUCCACUCCCUGUAGCUAAGUCAAUACAAGGACUGAGGGCUGUGUUUGAUGAGGUGUAUCCUGACCCUGUACGUGUGGUGUCUAUAGGACUGCCAAUUGAGGACUUGGUGGCAGAUCCCAACAGUCCUGCUGGUAUCAAAACUUCCAUUGAAUUCUGCGGAGGAACUCAUCUGAAGCGAGCUGGACAUAUAGGUGAUUUUGUGAUAGUUACUGAAGAAGCCAUUGCUAAGGGAAUUCGCAGGAUUGUUGCAGUUACUGGAAAUGAUGCUGCCAAGGCCAUAAAGAAAGCAGACAUUCUUGACCAGCAGUGUGAAAAUCUGAAAGCCAAGAUAGAGGAAGACUCAAAAUCUGCUGGAUUUUCACCAAAGAUGUUUACAAAAGAUAUUGUAGAUCUAACAGAGGAGAUCUCCCAGGCUGGAAUUGCAUACUGGAGGAGAGAUGACCUGAGAAAUAAACUGAAAAUGCUGAAGAAAAAGCUUGAUGAUGUUGACAAGGCCAGAAAAGCAGCAGUCAUGACAGAGGUAGUGGAGGAAGCAAAGAAGAUGAUAGAAACAAGUCCUAACCAGAGAAUUGUCAUCCAUGAGUUUAAGGCUCUCUCAAAUGCAAAGGCCCUAGAUGGUGCAAUGAAACAGUACAAAAGUCUUUCACCAGAGACCUCUGCAAUUUUCUUCUCUGUGGAUGAAGAUGCUGGCAAAAUUUUAUGUAUGAGUUGUGUCCCUAAGGAAGCAGUCAACAAAGGUCUCAAGGCCAAUGAAUGGGUCAACCAGGUUUCUAAACUAAUGAAUGGAAAGGGUGGCGGGAAAGAUGUCUCUGCUCAAGCUACUGGAACAAACACUUCCUGUUUGAACGAUGCAAUCAAAAUUGUGACAGACUUUGCCAAAUUGAAGCUUGGAGAUUAACUCCAGAGAGAAUAAUUAGUAAUUGGGCGACAAUCUUUGAUAUUUGAAAAUUAUGAAUUAAAAAAAUUAUUAUUCAGAUUUGUAUGUUCUUCUUCUAACAUUAAUCUUUGAAAGAAUAUUCGAUGGACAUUUAUCAAAGAUGACUACUUAUAUCUCAUAAAACGUUAUUCAGAUUUUCAUGAAUUAUCUUAUGAAAUGUCUUCAAAUAUCAAAGGUUACACCUUUUAAACUAAGCAUCCGACUCUAAAACAAUAACUGAAAAUACAAGUUAUUGAACCAAGUCUCAGACCAGCAGCUACAAUUCCAACUAUUUAUAUCAACAUGCAACUCUGUGUUAUAACUGUGUUCUACU